CCGGUACCAACGUGGUUGUCAUCCACGCAGGUUAUGUAAGAGGGACUGGGCACUCUGAUUGGCUGGUUGCGCUCACGGCGUCGAAAGACGGAAGAUAAUCACAUGCUCGUAGUCGUACGAGGGAAUUCAGCACACUGGAAAAUUCCACAAGCUCUGAACAAUCUGCGACACUCACUCGGACUGUUCUUUUGUAGGAGAAACGACUUGAAGGCCUCCCGGUGAAAAGACUUUCAACAGCCAUGUCCGUGAACGUCCACGUCAACAGCCCCAAUGUGAGGUACACAGAUACGCACAUAGUGGCUCAGUAUUCCUACAGCAGCACAUCAGUGAACACAGACGGAAACAAAGUGACGGUGACCCCCCACAGCACUGAGAUGACGUUUCGCACAGAGAGGCGUGUGCCCCAGCUGGGUGUGAUGCUGGUGGGCUGGGGAGGCAACAACGGGACCACGGUCACAGCGGCAGUGCUGGCCAACAAGCUGGGUCUCACCUGGAGGACCAAGACUGGAGUGAAGAAAGCAAAUUACUACGGCUCCUUCCUGCAGGCCUCCACUGUUUGUGUGGGAUCAGGGCUCGAGGGCGAGGUCAACGUGCCCUUUCGUGACCUCCUACCUAUGGUGCACCCUAAUGAUAUCAUCUUUGAUGGCUGGGAUGUGUCCGCAAUGGACCUGGGAAGUGCAAUGGAGCGAGCUCAGGUGCUCGACUGGUCGUUACAGGAGCAGCUCCGACCACACAUGAGCCGCAUGAAACCCAGACGGUCCAUCUAUGUCCCAGAGUUCAUCGCUGCAAACCAAGAGAGCCGAGCUGACAAUGUCCUCACCGGGACCCUGGCAGAGCAGGUGGAACAGAUCCGAGCCGACAUAAGGGACUUCCGUCAGUCGAGUGGCGUGGACAAAGUAAUCGUCAUGUGGACGGCGAAUACAGAGCGCUUCUGUGAUAUCGUAACGGGGGUCCAUGACACCGCCAAGAACCUGCUAGCUGCAAUCCAGGCUGGAGCAGAGGUUUCUCCCUCCACGCUUUUUGCAGUGGCCAGCAUACUGGAGGGCUGUGCCUACAUCAAUGGCUCCCCGCAGAACACGUUCGUCCCGGGGGCCAUCGAGCUCGCCGUUCAGAAAGGCGUGUUCAUUGGAGGGGAUGACUUCAAAUCCGGUCAGACCAAGAUCAAGUCGGUGCUCGUGGACUUCCUGGUCAGCGCAGGAAUCAAGCCGACCGCCAUCGUCAGCUACAACCACCUCGGUAACAACGACGGGAAGAACCUGUCGGCACCGCAGCAGUUCCGCUCCAAAGAGAUCUCCAAGAGCAACGUGGUGGAUGACAUGGUCCAAUCAAACCCCAUCCUGUACCAGUCUGGAGAGAAACCUGACCACUGUGUGGUGAUCAAGUACGUCCCCUAUGUGGGGGACAGCAAGCGGGCCAUGGACGAGUACACCUCUGAAAUCAUGAUGGGCGGGAUCAACACUAUCGCUAUGCACAACACCUGUGAGGACUCUCUACUAGCCAGCCCCAUCAUCCUGGACCUGGUGAUCCUGACAGAGCUUUGUCAGCGGGUGACUGUCCGGCCGCAGGGUGAGGAGGACUUCCAGUCCUUCCACAGUGUCUUGGCUCUGCUCUCUUUCCUCUGCAAGGCCCCCCUCGUCCCAUCAGGGACCCCGGUCAUCAACGCUUUCUUCCGCCAGAGAGCCUGCAUAGAAAACACCAUGAGAGCGUGCCUGGGCCUCCCUCCCCAGAACCACAUGGUCCUGGAGCACAAGCUGCAGAGAGACUUCCUGCCUCCGUAUGCCGCCCACAUCAACGGCGGAGUAGCGGCUACUAAAAAAGCUGUCUUCACCAACGGGAACCGUAUAUCACUAACAAACGGUUGCUGACAAUGCGGUGUGUGCAUUAUGAUUGCAAAAACAAAACUACAGCCUAAAUAAAACUGAAACACGAUCCUGCAGAUUUAAAAUUAAUACACUAUAUAAAAAGAACAAGAGCCCUCAUUGAUCGAGCUGUUUGACUUAAAUGUGAGAUGUAUUUAAUAUCAUAGCACACUGAGUGUCCUGUCCGGUUAAACCGACAGACAUGGUUUCAUGCAGAAUUAACCAUUAAAUAAUUUGUAACUGGUAGUUUUUUUUUUAUUUUAGUUGUUGUUUUUUUUCAUCUGCAAAUGAAUGAAUGUACUGUACAUGGGCUUGAUGAAUGAGCGGCAUCUUUUUAUCUUGUGUUGUUUAUCACUGCCUGUUUGUUUCAUGUCUUUGGCGAAGCUAAAUGGCAGAAAAUGUGAACUUAAUUUUAACUGUAAGAGUAACUUGGGUUAUUUCUAUUCAACCGCCUGUUCAUUUGUAGGUGCUUCUCUGGAGUCAGGUUGCCGUGGCAGCAAGUGAGUCAAGGUAGUCCAGAUAUUAAUAUACAAUAAACAUUGAGAUAUUGUUGUCGUU